CUUUGUUGAGAAAAAAAUGUCGACGCGAAAAGUAUUUAAUCAUUAGUCAGAAAGUCUGUAUAAUAAUAAUUUAUAGUUUGUGCAACAUACAAAUAUGACUUUUGGAGCAGACGAGCAGAGCAGUUAAAGCGCAAGUCAAAAGCAACAUCAAGUUAUGCAAAUGCCAUAAUUUCAGCUGAAAGUUUCAGUUCACUAGGCCUAAGACUCAGACACGGUGGCGUUCCCGUCCACCACGACCACAAAGUGAAACUGCAGUGGGGGAAAGUCAACAGCCGCAUCACCAGCAACUGCAAAAACACAAGUAAAGAAGCUCACAGGCUGCCCAGACGCUCAGGCAACAUCAAUAAAUAAUAAGUGCAGAGCAAACAGCACAAGAUGGACAACUGCGACCAGGAUGCUGGAGGCUUUCGGCUCGGGCCCAUUAAGGAGGAAGUCAAGCCGGACAUAUCGCAGCUCAACGACAGUAACAACAGCAGCUUUUCACCCAAGGCCGAGAGUCCAGGUCCCUUUCUACAGGCCAUGAAUAUGGUGAAUGUACUGCCCGGCGGCGGCGGCAACAACAACCAAUUGGCGCAGGCGCCGACUGCACAGCAACAGUAUCCGCCCAAUCAUCCAUUGAGCGGCUCAAAGCAUUUGUGCUCCAUUUGUGGAGAUCGCGCCAGCGGCAAACAUUAUGGCGUUUACAGCUGUGAGGGCUGCAAAGGCUUCUUUAAGCGCACAGUGCGCAAGGAUCUCACAUACGCUUGCCGCGAAAAUCGCAACUGCAUUAUAGACAAGCGGCAACGUAAUCGCUGCCAGUAUUGUCGCUAUCAAAAGUGCCUGUCCUGCGGCAUGAAACGCGAGGCGGUACAGGAGGAAAGACAGCGAGGCGCACGCACUUCCACGGGCCGUCUGAACGCAGCUAGCGCCGCUGCAGGAGGCUCCCUUGGGACCGCUGGUGGCAUCUCUGGCGGCAGCAGCAUUGGCGCCAGCAGCGCCGCCGACGACUUUAUGCCCAACAGUGUGUCCCGCGACUUUACCAUCGAGCGGCUGCUGGACGCGGAGCAGCGCGCCGAGGCUCACAGUGGCGACAGAGCGCUGGCGUUUCUACGCGUUGGACCCAACUCCACGGUGCAGCCGGAUUACAAGGGCGCCGUAUCGGCGCUCUGCCAGGUGGUCAACAAACAGCUCUACCAGAUGGUCGAGUAUGCCAGACUCAUGCCGCACUUUGCCCAGCUGCCGCUGGCGGAUCAGGUUAUACUGCUGAAGGCCGCCUGGAAUGAGCUGCUGAUCGCUAAUGUAGCCUGGUGCAGCAUUGUGUCGCUGGAUGACGCGCUCACGGGCCUGGGACAUGACAGCGCCUUCGAGCGACGCUCGCCGGUGCAGCAGCCGCAGCAGCUAUUUCUCAAUCAGAGCUUCUCGUAUCAUCGAAAUAGCGCCAUCAAGGCUGGCGUCCAUGCCAUCUUCGACCGCAUACUGUCGGAGCUGAGCGUAAAGAUGAAACGCCUGAAUCUGGAUCGACGCGAGCUGUCCUGUCUGAAGGCGAUCAUAUUGUAUAACCCGGAUAUACGCGGCAUCACGAAUCGUGCGGAUAUUGAGCUGUGCCGCGAGAAGGUCUAUGCCUGUCUGGACGAGCACUGCCGCCUGGAGCAUCCGGGAGAUGAGGGACGCUUUGCGCAGCUGCUGUUGCGCCUGCCCGCCUUGCGCUCCAUCAGUCUCAAGUGUCUGGAUCAUUUGUUCUUCUUUCGCAUCAUUAGCGAUCGGCCGUUGGAUGAGCUGUUCUACGAGCAGCUGGAAUCGCAGCCGCCGCCGGGCAUGACGCUGAAACACGAAUAAUGAAUGAAUGCGAAUGCGAAUGCUAAUGCUAAUGCUAAUGCUAAUGCUAAUGCGAAUGCAUUCAAGCAGUUGUUGAAUUUAUCGAUUGUUAUACUAUUCGAUUCGAUUGAUUGUUUCAUUGUGAUUGAGUUAAUAUAUAUAUUUUUUUCUCUCGCGCAUUUCUCUUAGUCCUAUCCACACACUUCUCGCGCGCCAGCCUUAAUAAUUUGCAUAAUACAUGAAUGCGUAAAAUUGUAAUAACUGUAAUUGUUUAUCAAAUUUUUUUUUACAUAUUGCGUAUAUUUUUUUUUAAAUGAAUCGCGGUUUAGAAAAUGUUUUCCUUAAGAUAUGGAUGCCUCCUCUAAGUGCUGAGGAGGAUGCACGAUAAAAAACCAACAUAGUUGUAUGUGUGUGUGUGUAGCACAUAUUAGACUACAAGCACACAUAUGUAUAUACAUACA